AUGACUACCAUGAGGUAUGACAUUCCGGUACUCGAUCGCAAUACGAGAUUUUCUUUGUGGCAAGUAAAGAUGAGGCUUAUUAUGGCACAGUUUGAUUUGGAUGAUGUGUUGGUCCAAACGGAGUAUAAACAACGAAGGGAUCGGAAGGCUUUAUCAUUGAUUCAUCUUUAUCUAUCCAAUGAUAUUCUGCAAGAUCAAAAGCUGUAUUCCCAUCGCGUGGUGGAAGGAGAGUCGUUGAAAGACCAUAUUGUCGCGUUCAAGGAAAUUGUUGUAGAUUUGGAAAUGUUGGAGGUUAAGUACGAUGAAGAGGAUCUUGCCUUGAUCCUGUUAUGUUCGUUGCCUGGCUCUUAUGCCACAUUUUGGGACACCAUUUUGUAUAGUCAAGAUACUUUGACUAUAGAUGACGUCUAUGAUGGUUUGUACUCAAAGGAGAAGUUGAAGCAUUAG